AUGGCUGUCAUAUCUUGGAGAGGAAUAUCUUUCUUUUUUAUAAUGGUGCUUCAUAUUAUCAACUGUCCUUACACCAAGGUUGAAGAGAGCUUUAAUGUCCAGGCCAUGCAUGAUCUCCUUUACUAUAGAUCUGACAUCACCAAGUAUGAUCACCUGGAAUUCCCAGGCGUUGUACCAAGAACUUUUGCUGGUCCUUUAGUGGUGAGCCUAGUGACUGCUCCAUUGAUUGCAAUGCAGAAGAUAUCGAACCACAGCAAGGAAUUGAAUCAGAUAUUUGCCAGAAUAAUCCUGGGGUCAUUCACGAUGCUUUCAUUUACAAUCUACAGAAAGUCCGUCUGCAAAGUUUUGUCACCAUCGGUCUCUAAUCUGGUGACACUUUUCACUGUCACACAGUUCCACUUCAUGUUCUAUGCAUCUAGAACACUGCCAAAUAUUUUUGCACUCAUUUUAGUUCUUCCAGCUCUCGGUUUCUGGCUUGAAAACCGGAUACAAAGAUUUAUUUGGCUAUCUGCAUUUUCGGCAAUAAUUUUCAGGUCAGAGAUUUGUCUUUUGGCUGGACCUCUCCUACUGGUCAGCCUUUUUCGAAGAAAGGUUGGCUUGUUAUUGGCUAUAAAACAUGCAGUAAUUUCUGGUCUUCUAGCGCUAGCUGUUACAAUUUCCAUUGAUUCUCUGUUCUGGCAGAAAUUGCUCUGGCCAGAAGGAAUUGUUUUGUACUACAACACAGUUCUUAACAAAAGUUCUCAUUGGGGUACAUCACCGUUCUUGUGGUAUUUCUACUCUGCCAUUCCAAGAUGCCUACUUUUUGCACUCCCAUUAGUACCAAUCGGCUUUAGAUGCAAAGACGACAAUUUCAGAGGGCUUCUAUUCUCAACUCUCGUGUUUGUUCUUGCGUAUUCCAUCCUUCCACACAAAGAGCUUCGCUUUAUUAUAUAUUGCAUACCUGUACUAAACACUGCAGCUGCAGUUGGUGUUAUGGAAAUCUUUCACUGGUUUCGUCAAAAUGGCCUGCUUACAAAGCUACUUCAUCUUGGUACAGUAGGCCUACUCGUUGGCAAUGUGCUUGUAGCUUCAGUCUUGUCUUACAUUUCACAUUAUAAUUACCCGGGUGGUGUUGCAUUCGCAAGACUACAUGUAAUUGAAAAGGCAGUUAGUGGUAAUGCAUCAGUACACAUUGACAAUUAUGCAGCUCAGACUGGCGUCACCCGUUUUGGGGAACAAAAUUCAUUCUGGAGAUAUUCAAAAGAAGAAAACCUCGAAGAAUCUUCUUCUAAACUCCAGAACUUCAAUUAUCUUCUACGCGAAAUGCCUUGCUCUUCAUUUUCUAACACACAUCGUACACUGGAUGUUAUAAGCGGGUUCGACAAGAUGAUAUUUAAUUGGCGAAUUCUGAGAAAAUUUCUAGAUGUCAGGAUCACUGAGAAAAUUUGUAUUCUGAAACGCAGAACAUAAUAGUCCCAAAAUUAAGCUGUAAUUUAGAUCUGAAAAUCAUUUUUAUAUUGUAAAGUGAUUUGAUUUAGAAUUUGUCGAUUGAUGGUGUAAAGCUAACGACUCUUCCUUUUUGUUUUCUUACCUCACUCUCAUCUCAAGCACUUGUUGAAAACCACUCAAGGUACAGUAAGGUGGUAUGGGGAGCCCUAUCUGAUACCAAACUAAGCACUCAGCAAAAAUAUCAGAACAAAGCAUUGAUAAAACAGAAUCUUUAAAGGUAAAUGAUGAAUCAUGAACUCAUUAACAUAAAUCAAUUGAUGACAUUUGACCCAGUAGUUAUGACUUAUAAAAUAGUCAAUCAGCUCUGUCCUGAAUGGCUGAAAUAUAGUUCCUCAAAAGGUCUGCCAUACAAAAUACAACACAAGGAAUAGGAAGGAACUCCAUGUAGAAAAACUAACAUUAGAGUACACCAAAAGAGGUUUUUUGUCCAAUUGCUCUACGCAAGGAAAUAUAUAUACCCACUUGUG